GGUCAAUACCGGGUCUAUUAAACCGGUUACCGGGUCUCUCCGGUGCUGUCGGUCUCUCCGGGUCUGAAUGGGUGAAUCCUCUAAGCCCCGCCUCUUCCGCUGCCUCGCACGGACCAAUCAGAGGGCUCGGUGUCCUCGGUGGGACGUCACGUCAGCUGCCGUCGUGUCGGGUUGGAAUGUUACCGACUAACAAUCGGAACAACUGAGCACUCGGUAACCGGAGCUCGGACCCACAAUCCCGUGUGUCGGAGCCGUUUCUCGCCUCGCUCCGGUGACCGGAGCCGCUGGUGCUCGUGUGUUCGGGUGUGUUCGGGUUCUCCGGUCCGGAGACAUGCAGGGGUUCGUCCGGUUACUGUUGGACCUCUGAGCUGCUCCGCGCUGAGAACCGUCCCCGGUUUCUGCUGCUCCGCACCGGGACCAUGGAGUGAGAGGAGCGGAGCGGAGGAACAAUUCGCCCCGAGGAUCUGGAUCCGCUCAGCGGGCUGCCGAGCUUCUCCUUCGGGCUGAACCUCCGGCUGCAACCUCGGGGAACCGCGCCGCGCCGAGUCCGGGGAGAGCAGCUCUCCGGCGGACAGUUUUCCGUCGGAGCGGCGGCUGGAUGAUGGAGGCUCCGGACCGCUGAGCUCCGACAUGGUGAAAGUGUUCAGCAGCGGGAGAACCGGACCGGACUUCUAGUCGCCCACAUGCGCUGGAUCACUCGCUGGAUUUGGGAACCGAAUACGCAGAAGGAGGCAGCCGGAGGAUGGAGCGGAGCCGCCGGGGCUGGUGAGACUUCGGGCCACUUUCCGUUUGUUGUUCGUGCUCAGCUCGCCGCCAGGACACAUGCAGGCCAAGAAGCGCUACCUGAUCCUGCUGUCCGCCGGGGCGUGCGUCCUGCUGCUCUCCUUCCUCGGAGGGCUCCAGCUGCCCGCGGCCAGGAGCCGGCAGGACCGCAGCAGGACCGGGCACCGGCCCGACCAGCCCUGGCCGCACUUCUCGGACCCGUUACACCCGUUCGUGCCGUGGGACCACACGGACACGGAGGAGUACAACGUGCACGUCUCUCCGCGGCAGAAGCGGGACGUGAACACGAGUGUUUACAAAGGCAGACGGUGCCGGAUGGACUCGUGCUUCGACUUCUCGGUGUGCCAGCGGACCGGCUUUAAGGUCUACGUCUAUCCGCAGCAGAAGGGCGACAAGAUCUCGGAGAGCUACCAGAACAUCCUGGCCACCAUCGAGGGCUCCCGGUUCUACACCUCCGACCCGGGACAGGCGUGUCUGUUCGUGCUGAGCCUGGACACUCUGGACCGGGACCAGCUGUCUCCGCAGUACGUCCACAACCUGAAGACCAAAGUGCAGAACCUGCCGCUGUGGAACGACGGCCGGAACCACCUGAUCUUCAACUUGUACUCGGGCACCUGGCCGGACUACACGGAGGACCUGGGCUUCGACAUCGGCCAGGCCAUGUUGGCCAAAGCCAGCAUCAGCACCGAGAACUUCAGGCCCAACUUCGACGUGUCCAUCCCGCUGUUCUCCAAGGAGCACCCGCGGACCGGCGGGGAGCGGGGCUUCCUCAGAUACAACUCCAUCCCGCCCUUCAGAAAGUACAUGCUGGUGUUCAAGGGGAAGCGCUACCUGACCGGGAUCGGUUCGGACACGCGGAAUGCUUUAUAUCACGUCCACAACGCGGAGGAUGUGGUUCUGUUGACCACCUGCAAGCACGGGAAGGACUGGCAGAAGCACAAGGACGCGCGCUGCGACAAGGACAACGCGGAGUACGACAAGUACGACUACAAGGAGAUGCUCCACAACUCCACCUUCUGCCUGGUGCCUCGUGGUCGACGUCUGGGCUCCUUUCGCUUCCUGGAGGCUCUGCAGGCUGCCUGUGUUCCGGUGAUGCUGAGUAACGGCUGGGAGCUGCCGUUCUCCGAGAUCAUCGACUGGAACACGGCCGCCGUCAUCGGAGACGAGCGGCUGCUGCUGCAGAUUCCCACCACGGUCCGGUCCAUCCACCAGGACAAGAUUCUGUCCCUCCGUCAGCAGACUCAGUUCCUCUGGGAGGCAUACUUCUCCUCGGUGGAGAAGAUCGUCCUGACAACGCUGGAGAUCAUCCAGGACCGGGUGCUAGAACACAGCUCCAGGAGCAGCCUGAUGUGGAACAGCCACCCUGGAGGGCUGUUUGCUCUGCCGCAGUACUCUGGACACCUGGGAGACUUCCCCUUCUUCUACGCCACACUGGGAAUUAAACCACACCCAAAGUUCACCGCUGUCAUCCACGCCGUCUCCCCGCUGGUGUCCCAGUCACAGCCAAUCCUCAAGCUGCUGGUGGCCGUGGCCAAAUCCCAGUACUGUGCCCAGAUCAUCGUCCUGUGGAACUGUGACAAAGCUCUUCCUGCGAAGCACCGCUGGCCGGCCACCUCCGUCCCCGUCGUCGUCAUCGAGGGAGAGAACAAGGUGAUGAGCAGCCGCUUCCUGCCCUACGAGACCAUAGUGACGGACGCUGUCCUCAGUCUGGAUGAAGACACAGUUCUGUCCACCACCGAGGUGGACUUUGCGUUCACCGUCUGGCAGAGUUUUCCAGAGAGAAUUGUGGGUUAUCCGGCUCGCAGCCACUUCUGCAGCAACAAGGAGCGCUGGGGCUACACGUCCAAAUGGACCAACGAUUACUCCAUGGUUCUGACCGGAGCUGCCAUCUACCACAGGUACUACCACUACCUGUACACCAACUACUUGCCCUCCAGUCUGAAGAACAUGGUGGACCAGCUGGCCAACUGUGAGGACAUCCUCAUGAACUUCCUGGUUUCUGCUGUCACCAAGCUGCCGCCCAUCAAGGUGACGCAGAAGAAGCAGUACAAGGAGACCAUGAUGGGACAGUCUUCGAGGGCGUCCCGCUGGGCCGACCCGGACCACUUCGCUCAGCGUCAGACCUGCAAUACCAAGUUCGCCAGCUGGUUUGGCGCCAUGCCGCUGGUCCAUUCCCAGAUGAGACUGGACCCGGUUCUGUUCAAGGACCAGGUCUCCAUCCUCCGCAAGAAAUACAGGACAUCGAGCGGCUCUUGACAGGACCGGCGCCCCCCGGUUGGCAG